CAUGCAAAGCAGCUGCUCUUUCACUGCAGAAGAUGCUCCUCCGCCCCAUCUGCACGCGGGGCUCUUCUUUCAGCGGCCAGUUCUCCCUCCAUCCAGUCUCCCUCUGUCCCGCAGCUCUCCAUCCCUUCCGAUCAUCCGUCCACCACACCCCCGGCUAGCAGCUGAGCUCGGGACGUUCUGCACCCCGCGGGGAAGGGAAGGCGUGGCCAGGUGCCCGUCCUUGGAGUACCGCGAUCAGCCGUCCUGUCCCUGUUCUCCAUUUCCCAGCAGCCGCUCCUUUUCUCCAGCUCCGUCCCACGCUUCCCGCCGGCGCUGGUUCUGGGAAAGGGGAGGCCGGCCAAGCCCGGCCCACCAGGGAGGGACCAGGCAAGCGCGCCUCGCUGCCGAGUCCCCGCCCCGCAUAGAAAGCUCUGGCAGGCAGCCGCAAAGAGCUGCUAUUCUUGGUGCUGCUGCUGCUGUUCUUGCAGGGGUGGUGGCUGCUGCUGGCGGCAGGAAGCGGCUGCACGAAGCGAAGCCAGCAACUCAGGCAUCCGGCGGGCGCGGCGGGACAGUCCCUUCCGCGAUGGGGAGGAAGGCAGCGGAGAGGUUGCGCUGCGUUUGCGCGCAUCCUGGGUGGAGGGUCUCUUGGCCCGCAGCGCUUCUCACAGCCUCCAUCCUGAAUUCCAUCCUGCUGCCUCCAGCCACUGGACUCUCGGUCACUCCGGAGCCUGCCAAGCCGAAGGAAGGACAAAGCGUCACCCUAAAGACACAAGGACUCUCGGAUCCAUUCAUUAGCUGUGCCUGGUUCCGAGGGGAGACAACAGAGCUGCCAAAGCGGAUUUUCAUCUAUUACCCAGCUAUUCCUAAGCAGGUCCAUGGAGAUGCCUACACUGGGCGGGAGACCAGAGUCCAGCCCUGCUCCCUUCAGAUCUCAGAUUUAAUGCAGAAUUACUCUGGAACCUAUACAGUGGUGGAAGAAAACUCUGUAAAGCCUGCAGAAGCAUCUGUGACGAUAAUGGUCUCAGGUUCUUCACAUUCCAAUCCUACUGGCUCCAUGACCGGAAUGGCCUUGAUUGGAACCCUGAUUUACACCUUUCUUCAUUAGUAAGACAUUGGAAUUUGGGACUCCUGGCUGGAUUAUGACAUUCUGAUGCCCUAAGAGUGCAAGAGGCCCCAUACCAUCAAAAAUGUCUCAUUUUCACAGAAAGGACAUUGAAUAAAUAAACAUGGAAGCUUCGUAUUUGCGUAUGUACAAAGGCAAAGUUGUAAAAGUACUAUAAUUAACUAAAGUAUUUCUUGCCAUGUGCCUGUGUGCAUUAACAGUUUCAAAUAAACAUUUUUUUAA